AUGGAUUCACACUACCAAACUUUUUACGACGUGACGGCGGAGAAAGCCAUUGCCUUGAAGAAGUACCGCCGCCACCAAAACGUCAAGUCGGUUCUGACGGCGUGCGUCGCUCUCGCGCCUCUCUUCUUCACCCUAUCCCGCUCCUCCGCGCUGCUUCCGGCCGCAGCACAUUUAUUCGGCGACGUUUCCCGCGAACUCCAUGUGGUCUUCUAUAACCGCUUCUAUGUUUUAUCGCUCGUCUUGGUGCUACUUGUCGCAAUUUCCGCUUUGUACCGCCGAAACGACGCCGACGAUGACGACGACCACGCUCGAUCACUCGAUUUCUACAACGAGUUCGGCGUCAACAGCGUGUAUUGCCAGAGUAUUGUCCUCGGUGAGGGAGUGUAUCCAGAAACAGAGAUGGAGAAUUGCCGGAGCACCUUCCUCGGUGAAGGAGUUCAUCCGGAAACAGAGACGAAGGCGAAUUGCCGGAGCAUCGUCGUUGACUCAGGGGAGUGUCCAGAAACAGAGACGACGGUGGAGGAGGUGUUGUUGGAGGUUGAGAAACAAAUGGCAUCGUCUGAUGAGAAUGCGGUAGCGCUAUCUCCUUCAGUUGAUAGCCAGGAACCGGUUACUGAAAGGAAAAGCAGUUGUGUCCCUCCGGUUGCUGCAAUUACUUUGGUGGAGAAGGAGAAGCGGUACCGGAGGACUCAAUCGGGGAAUUUCGAGAAGAAGAGAAUGUGCGGGUCUGAGAGUAGUAAAAGAGUUAUGCAGCGAUCGGAGACAGAGAUUCACCGGAAAACGAUGAGUUGCAGGGAAGAGUCGGCAAGGCGAUGGAGCUCUGUGGAGGUGUUGAACGACGAGGAAUUCAACCUCAGAGUACAGAAGUUCAUUGAUGAAAACAAGAGAAGUCAGCGCGAGGAAGAGACGGAGAGCGAAAAGCGUAGGAAAGAAGAAGAAGAAGAACGAAGGAAAACAGAGUACAUCAAUAGUUUAUCAGAAGAAUUCAUUAAUAACAUGAAGAAGAGUCAGAUGGAAGAGAGCAGGAGAGAGGCAGAAGAACGAAGAAGAAGAAGAGAGGGCAAAAUCAACAUGGCUGUUUUAUCUAGUUAA